AUGCAUCUGGGCGCUGGACGAGUGGUUCCUUCCACUGUAUUCGCUCUGACCCUGUUGGCCCUUCUGGUCAGCCCAUCGUCUGCGUCUUUGGGAGAUCACCUCCCCGAUUUUAAAGAAUGCGUCAAGGUCUGUAAAACCGAGAACUGCCAGGAUGGCAAUUCGGUGCUACCUCUGCACCACCGCCUGUUAUUCUGGACCUGCCCGGCUGAAUGCGACUAUACCUGUCAACAUGUCAUUACCGAUCGUCGAGUUUCGCGUGACCCCCCGAUGUUGAAUCCCGUGGUUCAGUUCCAUGGGAAAUGGCCGUUCCGGAGAAUUCUGGGGAUGCAGGAGCCCUUUUCUGUGCUGUUCUCCUUCCUCAACUUCGCCGCCCAUUGGCACGGCAUGUCCCGAGUUCAAGAAUCGAUCCCGGCCUGGCACUCGAUGCGCAAAUACUACAUGAUGUUUGGAUACAUCGGACUGGCCAGUUGGACGUUCAGCAUGAUCUUCCACACCCGCGACUUUGACAUCACGGAGAAGCUGGAUUACUGGGCGGCUGGCGCCAAUGUCUUGUACGGUCUCUUCCUGGCCGUUGUUCGACUCUUGCGCCUGGACUUGGAGAGCCCCCAGUAUCGCCCUACACUGCGUCGCCUUUGGACAGCGAUCUGCCUCUUACUCUACACCAUGCACGUCUGCUACCUCAGCUUCUGGAAGUGGGAUUAUACAUACAACAUGGCUGCAAACGUGGCAGUUGGUAUCAUUGGGAACCUGCUGUGGACCGGAUUCAGUAUCUUCCGUUAUCAGAAGUAUAUGAAGUCCUGGACAGCUUGGCCCGGUAUGAUUGUCGCGUGGGUUAUUCUCGCCAUGAGUUUGGAAUUGUUCGACUUCCCGCCAUGGCAUGGCCUGAUCGAUGCCCACAGUCUGUGGCAUUUGGGCACUGUGGUUCCCACUGCGUGGUGGUACUCGUUCCUCAUCAAGGAUGCACAGGACGAUAUUGCGGGACACCGACUGAAGGCGUAA